CUGCAGGUUGCAGUAGCUCGGCGCAGGACAGACAUUAAUUAUAUUUCCCACUUUUUUCAAUAAUGUUUGGCUACUCGGUUCAGCGAGGAAGAAUGCCUCCAACCCAGCCCAACCCCGGCCAGUACGCACUCACCAACGGGGACCCUCUCAAUGGCCACUGCUACCUGUCCGGCUACAUCUCGCUGCUGCUGCGCGCCGAGCCCUACCCCACGUCGCGCUAUGGCAGCCAGUGCAUGCAGCCCAACAACAUCAUGGGCAUCGAGAACAUCUGUGAGCUGGCCGCGCGCCUGCUCUUCAGCGCCGUCGAGUGGGCCCGCAACAUCCCCUUCUUCCCGGAUCUGCAGAUCACCGACCAGGUGUCCCUGCUCCGCCUCACCUGGAGCGAGCUGUUCGUGCUCAACGCGGCCCAGUGCUCCAUGCCCCUGCACGUGGCGCCGCUGCUGGCCGCCGCCGGCCUGCACGCCUCGCCCAUGUCCGCCGACCGCGUCGUGGCCUUCAUGGACCACAUCCGCAUCUUUCAGGAACAGGUGGAGAAGCUCAAGGCGCUGCACGUGGACUCGGCCGAGUACAGCUGCCUCAAAGCCAUCGUGCUGUUCACGUCAGAUGCCUGUGGCCUGUCGGAUGCCGCCCACAUCGAGAGCCUGCAGGAAAAGUCCCAGUGUGCAUUGGAAGAAUAUGUGAGGAGCCAGUAUCCCAACCAGCCCAGCCGCUUCGGCAAACUGCUGCUGCGACUGCCCUCCCUGCGCACAGUGUCCUCCUCUGUCAUUGAGCAGCUCUUCUUCGUCCGCUUGGUAGGUAAAACCCCCAUCGAAACUCUCAUCCGAGAUAUGUUACUGUCUGGGAGCAGCUUCAACUGGCCUUACAUGUCCAUCCAGUGUUCCUAGACCUUGGGCACUUCCCAUCUUCCCCUGCUUCCCCUAGAGACUCAGAGGACUCACCCAGGCCAAGGACCCCAAAGCCUCGGGUACUCUGGUGAGGUGGACCAGGCAGGCCAGCCGAGGGGGAGGUGGGCUGGGGACAGAAGCAGCCACUCAGCAAAAAUGCAUCCUGAGCUGCAAACCUAGGAGAAAAAGAGACUCUUUUAGGAUCAGAUCUGUGAGCACGUUGGAAAGGAAAGAAAAAGGAUUUUUCUUUCUGGUGGGAAAAUGAAAA